AAAAAUUGAAGGAAAGCAACAAGGUCAAGGGUUUUUAAGGAAGGGAUUUUAUAAAUUGCAGCAGCAGCCUCCUCUGUCGUAAAACAGACCCCACUCUUUUGCAACUCCACUAGAGAUAGAGAUAGUACACAAAUUUUACAAUCUGCAAGUGAAAUUAGGGUUCUUAUAAGCUUUUAUCUACAAGAAGAAACUGAUAAAGGAGGAGGAGGAGGAGUAGUAGUAGUUAGAAUGGAGGCUGUAACAGAAGGAGUAAACAACAUGAACAUAAAUGAUGCAUCCAACAAGAAAAACCGCAUCCAAGUCUCUAAUACGAAGAAGCCCCUCUUUUUCUACGUCAAUCUCGCCAAGAGAUACAUGCAGCAACACAAUGAAGUUGAACUGUCUGCACUUGGAAUGGCUAUAGCAACAGUUGUGACCAUUGCCGAGAUAUUGAAGAAUAAUGGGUUGGCUAUUGAAAAGAAGAUCAUGACUUCGACUGUUGACAUGAGGGAGGAUACAGGAGGACGCCCCGUCCCUAAAGCUAAGAUUGAGAUAUUGCUAGGGAAGACGGAGAAGUUUGAUGAGUUGAUGGCUGCUGCUACAGAGGAAGGUACUGAUAGCGAGGAGCAGAGCUGAGCUUGAACUCGUGUCUCAAGUUCUUUUAUUGUGGGACAUCUGUAACAGUAUUGUUUUAGAUUGUAUUUUCAAGUUCUUUAGCGGUCAUAAUCUCUCUGUUAGGAUUGUGUUGUAGAAACAAUGCACUUAUUAAAAAUUCAGAUUCAUUUCCAGGUUCAA